GCAGAGAAGCAGCGGCGGCGCAGCGCGUGAACGAAUGAGCUGCUGUCGGGCUUUGUUUUGUGGACGUGAAUGAGCUCCUUCACCUGCUCCUCCUGAAAUGUGGACUGACCUAAUAAGGACGUUGUUACUUUUUCAUUUGUUCAUCCUCGCGCUUCAUUUAACGGAAGCAACGGAUGAGUGUGAGGAUGGACAGUUUCAGUGCAACAACAAAAGGUGUAUUCCGACCAUCUGGAGGUGCGACGAUGAUGACGACUGCUCAGACAACAGUGAUGAAGAAAACUGCCCAAGGAAAACCUGUGCCCCUGCAGAGUUUGCCUGUCUAAAUGGCCAGUGUGUCCCGGGACGCUGGCGCUGCGACGGGGAGCCAGAGUGUCCCGACGGCUCUGAUGAGGCAGAGGAGACGUGCAGCAAACAGACGUGCCCUCCAGAGAAAUUUGACUGUGGGGGUUCCACCAACAAGUGUGUCUCGUUGUCAUGGAGAUGUGACGGGGAGAAGGACUGCGAGAACGGGGCAGAUGAGGAAGACUGUGCUUCUGAUGCCAAAGCCUGUCCCAGUGGUGAGUUCAUGUGCGCCAACCGCAAGUGCGUGGCCACUGGCUUGGUGUGCGACGGCGACAACGACUGCGGUGACGGCAGCGACGAGCUCAAGUGCAGCUCUCCUCUCACGUGCGGGCCCAACCACCUGCGCUGCAACACCUCGGAGUGUGUGCCGCUCAUGUGGAGCUGCGACGGAGACCCCGACUGCUCCGACAGCUCGGACGAGGGGCCCGAGCGCUGCGGAGGGGACGAGCUCCCGUACCUGCUUAACCGCAGGACAAACUGCACCGAUGGAGAGUUCCGCUGUGCCAACGGCGAGUGUAUAAGACUGACCUGGAAGUGCGAUGGAGAUCCGGACUGCAAGGACAAAUCUGAUGAAGCUGAUUGCCCCCUGUUGACAUGUCGUCCCGAUGAGUUCCAGUGUGGGGACGGUUCCUGUAUCCAUGGCACCAAGCAGUGUAACAAAGUGCACGACUGUCCUGACCACAGUGAUGAAUCCGGCUGCGUGAACGCCACAAAGUGUGAGGGACCUUUGAAGUUUCUGUGUAAGAACGGAGAGUGCAUCGACAGCUCCAAGGUGUGCGAUUCUGUCAAGGACUGCAAGGACCGAUCAGAUGAGCCCAAGAAGGAGUGUGGUCUGAACGAGUGUAUGAUCAACAAUGGGGGCUGCUCUCAUGUCUGCAUGGACCGACCUAUCGGCUUCGAGUGCCAGUGCCCCACAGGUUACCAGCUGCUGGACAAAAAGACUUGUGGAGACAUUGAUGAAUGUCAGUCCCCAGAUGCUUGUAGCCAGAUCUGCAUCAACUACAAGGGAGAUUUUAAGUGUGAAUGCUAUGAAGGCUAUGAGAUGGACCCCGUCACUAAGACCUGCAAAGCAGAAGGGAAAAGUCCUUACCUUCUGCUCACCAACCGGCACGAGAUCCGACGCAUAGACCUAGUGAAGAGGGAAUACAGCCAGGUGGUUUCUACCCAGAAGAACGCAGUGGCUCUGGACCUGGACGUGGCCAAUAAUCGUGUUUUCUGGUGUGAUCGCUUUCACCGAAAAAUAUACAGUGCCUUCAUCCACGAGGCCAGCGACCCCUCCCAGCAGGUGCCGCUCGUGGAUUCAUCUCUGCAGACACCUGCAGGCCUGGCUCUGGACUGGCUCCAACACAACCUGUACUGGACUGACUCUGGAGACAAGACCAUCUCUGUGGCUUCAGUGGACGGCACCAAGAGACGUGUCCUCAUCAACACGGACCUCAGUGAACCCCGAGCCAUAGUGCUGGAUCCUCACCAUGGCUUUAUGUACUGGUCAGACUGGGGCACUCGAGCCAAGAUAGAGAAGGCCGGGAUGAACGGCGUGGACCGACAGGUGCUGGUGGCUGAUAACAUUGAAUGGCCCAAUGGCAUCACACUAGACAUGGCCAACAGGCGUCUGUACUGGGUGGAUUCAAAGCUGCACCUCAUAGCCAGUGUGGACCUGAACGGAGCGCACCGCAGGACGCACAUGUCGUCUGCAGAGACACUGGGACACCCGUACGCUCUGGCUGUUUUUGAGGAUCGUAUUUACUGGACGGACCGAGACAAGGCAGCCGUCUUCAUGGCCAACAGACUGACUGGGAAAGACCUUCACACACUGGCUGAAAACCUCAAUGACCCACAUGACAUUGUGGUCUUCCACCAGCUCCGGCAGCCACAAGGCCCCGACAGCUGUAAUCUGGGCAGCGUGGCUAAUGGAGGCUGUGAGUACUUGUGUCUUAAGGCUCCGCAGAUAACGGAACACUCGCCCAAAUACACCUGCGCCUGCCCAGAUGGACAGGACCUGGGGCCCCAUAUGAGAGGCUGCGUGCCAGCAGUGCCGAAAAACAACGCGACACCGACGUCCACACCGCCUGUUGGGCUCACACCUGGCAGUGUUAUCAGUGCUACCGCUGCAGAAGACUCCCCUCUACUCUCAGUGGGAGCGUCGCAGGCGGACGCCACCCCCCACUUGACCCCUGCUCCUUCUGAAGCCCCAGAUGCCCUCACACCGCUCACACCUCUCUCCGCGCUCAAGCCCGUGUCGUCACAGGAGUCGAAGGCGCUCGUCUCUCAUGCGACAGCUACAGCUAUGGUCGUGUCCACCACAACUCCAGCGGACAGCAGUGUCUCACAGCACUCUGGAGGUGAACAUUUCCUCUUAGGCGAGAACCUGACAGUAGCUGUUCUGGGAGUGGUCAUACCCAUCGUUCCUAUCGUUGCCACAGUGGUUUUUGGCCUGGUCUGCGCCGGAGUCUACCUGGUGUGGCGUAACUGGCGGCGCAACUCCACCAAGAGCAUGAACUUUGACAACCCCGUCUACCGGAAGACCACCGGCGAAGGUGAGGAGGACGAGAUCCACAUCGGCCGGACUGACGCCAUGGGACACCACGCGCACCAUCACACGUACCCGCAGGGCCUCAGCAUGGGAGUCGUGGGAGCAGGGAGUGGCACCUGCCCGCAGUUCAUCGCCCUGCCACUUGGCGGCAGCAUGCCCGACCCAGGGACUCACUGGUACACGGAGCAGCCCAUGCUGUCCACUGCUGCGAAGUGAGCCACAAAGGGACGACUUGUGGAGACGACGGCCGCUCAGGCACACGCACACACACACACAGUGAGGUCACAGGUGACUUGGACCGAGACAACACGCAGCCGUUCACAGCUGUGUACUGUGCCAAUCACCAUUUAAAAAACCAGAGGAACAUAAUUCUUAGUAUUAGUAAUAUCAUACCUUUUCUCCGGUAAAUGCUGAGAAUGGAGACCAGAUCUAUUAACGUGCGUUUCUGUCGCUGAUCCAAGCUGGGAUCUCUCACUGGUUCCUGCUUCGGGUCGUAUUUUACUUAGUGAGGUGUGUGCCGUGUGUUUUAUAUUUUGUGACAGGGCUAGCGAGAGGUCGUGUUUUGUCCUUGAUGUACUAAUUUGGGCUCUGUGCUAUUUCUAGUGAGGGCUCUGGGAACAUGUUGUGGAAGGAGCUCUGAAAAUGGAGCAGUACCUGCGUUGAUGGGACAAUCUGUACAGAUUCAUAUCGGAAUCAAACAUAAGUGUCACCGUCUUUUGUAGUUGACGUCGUCCCGUUUUUUUCUUUUGUAAGAUGGUUUCGUUCUCUUUAUUGAUUUUAAAGAGAGGUGACGACUCGUGUUUCGGCCUUUCUUUCAGGUUCAGGGGCAAUGUGUUGACAUUUAGCAGUUUUUUUAUUUUACAUCUAACAUGUCAAGAUUUUGGGAGAAAAUGGCCAUGAGCAUACUUCAGAAGAGUCUGAGAGGGUGGAGAGAAGUGGAUUUUAUGCUCCUUAAAUCAGGAGAAGCAAUACGAUCUAUAGUCGACAAAAGAAACAUCUCGUUGUCAUAAUGUAGUUUCAUCACCUGAUUUUGACUAUGCACAUAAAUACACAGGAGGAGCGGCGAUAACCAUGUCACGCUGUUCCGCAGUGGACAGAAGACAGUGUGCACUUGCCCUCUGAAGACACAAACAGCAUGCAUAAUUGCUCGCCAACGGACAAUGCAGCCAUUCAUUGUUCCCGGCAAAGACUCACACACACAUUAUGCAUGCACGCAUUCAGCAAUAGGGAGCCACAUUCAGUGGUCCUUCUCUUACUCCUCCUGCUCCUGCUCCUGCGAUGGCAGACAGUUGUGGGCAGGGCCAUGUGGGAGAGUCCAGCUGGUGUCUGCAUGAUGACGUCACCGGUCAUGUGACGUGACUCUGAUGUAGAGAGCGGGUCGGAGGCCGACGUGUCCCAUCAGUGAAGAUGUUUAAUGCUGGUUUAGUCCUGACAUGUGGUGGUUUAGUGCUGUGACUUCUUUUUUAAAAAAACCUGAACAUUCUAGUGUGUGUGUGUGUGUGUGUUUUCAUUAUUUGGCAUGUGAGUUCAUAGCCACAGCCAUAUUUGAAACAGUUUUGUAUGCUCUCUGUUGCACAACCCUCUUAGAAUGCCUUCUGUAUCAUUCAUUGCAUGAAAGUAUACAGUGUAUGAUGAAGGCCUGCAUAUGUAGUGUGUGACUGAGUGUGUGUGUGUGUGUGAGACACUGUGGACAAGCUCUGAGGGUGCUUUUUAAUUCAUUGAUUUGUAAAUAUGUUUUCAUAAGGUUUUUUGAUAAUGUAUUAUACAAAUAUGUAAAGGCAAAGUUGUACAUAAGAUUUUAGAUAAAGUGUCGACAGGUAUAUUAAUUUAUUUGUAUGAAGGAGAGCAAUGUAUUCCCAGAUUGUAACUUUCAAUUAUCCACCAAAGUGAUUUGUGUUGUUUCUUGCUGUGCGUCAUUUACUGUUCUUUUCUCUGUCACACAUUUCAAAACAACAAAAACAAACUCAUCCACUCUUUCCAUCCUCAGUGUUAAUGAAGUGAUUGGUUUUGGUUUUGCCUUUGUUUCCUUUUUUUAAUUUUCCUGUUUUGUUCCUGUUUUUUUUUCAUUAUUAUUAUUUGAAGGACAGGGAUCAGCCAACUACUGUACAUGCAAAGAAAUACUGUAAUAAGACCAAACUGGUUUCACUUUUUCAUUCUCUGUAAUGGAUUGCUUUUGAAUAUCUCUAUAUAUUGAUAUAUAAACUGACUGAAAACUUGC